AAAGCUAGAAGCUUUCCUCUGUCUGUCUCAGUCUUUUAAAAGCGGCAGAGCAAGUGCUGGGAUCACGUUGUUGGAGCACAAAUAGGAUUUGGAAGGAUGGGGAGAGAGUAACUGGUUGGAGCCUCUUGGAGCGCAGUCCAGAGCAGGCAGAUGCUAUUUAGCUCCAGCAGAGGAUGGGAGUGGAAAAUCAUUAUGCUCUAUAAAUCCUAGAGCCAGGUGUCCUUUUGAUCUGAACCUUCCAAAGAACCGAGAGCAACACGUGAAACCAGCCAAAAAUCAUCAAGGAGAAAAAUGCAGCAUGAUGGGUAAAGCAGAAGAAGGCUCAUUCAAAAUCCCCGCUGGGAGCUGUGACAAAUCAUGAACCCAAUGGGUUAUUUUUCUUAUAAAUGACAACAGCAGAUUCUCAUCAGUGACAUUGGAGCAGAUUUCCAACAGGAGCACCCUGAACCCUUGGAUUCCAUUGUCAGAGAUGGAGGUGCUACGCCGCUCCUCAGUCUUCGCUGCGGAGGUGAUGGAGGUCUUUGACCGAUCUCCCACUGACAAGGAGCUGGUGUCCCAGGCCAAGGUGCUCUGUAGAGACUACAUACAUUCCAGGCUGAUUCGGGUUGGCAUCGGCUGGAGCAAACCUGAAUACAGUGCACCUUUCCCCGGUGGCAAGCUGGCAGAGGUGUCCAGUAUACUUCUGCGCCUAGGGGAUGAGCUGGAACACAUCCGACCAAACCUUUACCGCAAUAUCGCCCGUCAGCUGAACAUCUCGCUGCAUUCAGAGACUGUGGUGACUGACGCUUUCCUGGCGGUGGGUGCUCAGAUCUUCACAGCAGGCAUCACGUGGGGCAAGGUGGCGUCACUCUAUGCUGUGGCAGCUGGGCUGGCUGUGGACUGUGUAAGGCAUGCCCAGCCAGCAAUGGUCCAUACCAUCGUGGACUGCUUGGGAGAGUUUGUGCGCAAGACCUUGGUGACGUGGCUGAAGAGGAGAGGAGGCUGGGUAAGAGGCGCUGACACUUCUCAGACUUGCCUUAAACUGGGAAAAAAUGUAGGCGAUGUUAUCUGUGUGAAUGAAAACAAGAGCAAUCCUUUGGCAAGUACUGAGCAAGGUUGCCCUUCACAACUCUGCCAAAAUGCUUUGGUUCUAACCUGCAGGAAUCCUGCUUGUACCAGUACUAAUCUCAACACAGCUGUGCUAUACCCCUCACUCCUGCCAUGCACUGAUUCUGGUUAUUCUUAGCCUUGGUUUCUUGCACAGCUCUGCAAGCCCAAUUCAAUCCCAACCAGCAGCCACCUUUUUUAUUACUAUCCAGGGCCUCUCUAGAACCGAUGACUAAUCAUAAUGGGAGGUCACAAAUUGCAGGACUCUUGCAACACAGACAGAUGUCUCCUAGAGACUGAUUGAGGCCAGCAAACUUAUUACAGCUGCCCACACAAAUUGCAGAGGUGAGGGGUUAGCAUAUUAACAGAACUUGCUGCCAUCUGGAACUUUAUAUGAUUAUUAAAAAAAUGCCUUAUUUAUGCUGCUUCCUAGGCUUAUUCCUGGUAAUGGUAUAUAGAUAACAUUUUAUGAUGCUCAUAAAGACAAUAUGUAAAUCAGAACAAUUACUUUAUACUAUUACACUGGUAUAAAAAAGUAGUGGAUAGAUGACCCAACCCAUCAACCAGCCCAAUCUGGUAGAGAAACAGUCCUAAAGAAUCAGGGGUAAAACAACAGUAGGGUAAAGUUACAUUGGUUUAAAUUUUAUCUGUCUGCUUCCAUGCUGGGUUAGCCACUUACUAUAUGCUAGCUGGAUAGCACCUGCUCCCUUGCCACCUAAUGAGGAGACACUGUAAUUGUGCCUACUAACCCAUGAUAAUGCUGAAACACACUCGGAGUCACAGAGCAACAGCAACACAAGCUUCUGCCACUGCUGCAAGGGUGUCUUUCAACCCUGACUCAGGCUAAAAGGACAGUUCAGGUUCUCAGCCUAGCAAAUCCUUAAGCUUCUGUGCUCAGACUUCCAAAGGAGCUUGCAGUAGUGGUGGGUUUUGUGAUAUUUGGGAAUGGAACUACCAGCUUCAUUCACAUCUAGCAAGACUGUCACAUCCAGUGUGGGGCUGGAUCUGUACACUUUAAUAGUUGAGCUGGGUGGAAUUUUUUUGAUACAACAUUUCACUAGAAAAAAAUAUUUCCAUCCAAAUUACAUGUUUUGGGGGAAAACAGCUGUUCUAACAAAAUCCUUUUCCCCUUUCGAUAAGGUCAAUGGUUCCAUGAGAUUGAACAUCUUGACUUUCUUUAAGUCUCUUCCUGACUCAAAACAAAAUGUUCUGGGGUUCCAAAAGUUUUCCAGUCGGUUUCAUGGGGCCAGCGGUAUUCCAAUUGCUUUCAUUCUGAUUUGGAACAAAAAACUUAGGAACGUUGGAAUUUCCCACAAAACAAAAGCUCAGUUUUUUGCCCAGCUCUAGUCCCUGGGAGCAGACAAGAAGUCCUGUUUCCUUCCCAACCCCUUGCACUUUCCAGACCUAUAUCAUGUGCCAGUUGCCACUCAGUGUAUCUCCAUUGGAUUUGAGGAGGUUGUGCUGAGUCACGCCAGGACGUGAUUCAGUAUUUUAACAGCCACAAACCUGAAUGCUGAUACUGCCUGAUACUUCUGACUACGGGCUUUCUCUAGCAUACACUUAUCAGUGAGGAGUUGAACCUGGGCUCGUGAAAGGGGAUGCUUCCCUCCAUAAAUGCAAAUAGUGAUUUCCACUGAUAAUGGGACAUGGCCAAUCCUUUCUUCCGUGUUGAACUGUUUCCCUGAGCUUCCUUCCCCCUGACCUGGGCACCCCUGUGUGAGGAUUCCCAGCUUUGUUCACAAACUGGCCAGAAUGAAGCUGCUGUUCCAAGAGUCCCUUUUAUAUCUGCUGCCUGACCUAGUCUGGUGUUCAUUUGUCUUGGCGCACAGUCUGAGUUUCCCCUGGCCCAGGCACCCAGCCCCUUGUCUCUCGCACAUACGCCAGGGACGGCUGCUGCCAAGAGGAACCACCGCAGUCUUCCCCGGGGCAGGAAACCUGGUGUCGAGACCUCAGAAAAGCAUUUGAAAGAUUCCAGUAAGCAGCCGGCUUCCACGUUCCUCCCUCCACAGAGGGAAGCAGGGAAGAUAGGGAGUCAUAAUUAAUCCAUGGAGGCGUCACCACACCCAGGAGUUCCCCGCUUCUAAAAUGACCUCCAGUAGGACUCUCUCUUCAAGGAAAUCCCUGUGUACAAUAAAGCUUCUAGUAACUGUUAAGUAGAGCAAGUGGCUAAACAAUGUUUCACAAAUAAUUAACAGUGAAACAGUAGACUGGCCUUACAACAGCUUAUCAGUGCCUCACAGGACUGAAAGACCUAUUUAAUUAGCAAGCUUUGAAACUCUCCUUUCCGAUAUUUUAUUGGGUAAAUUUUAUUUGAUUAACGGUAGUUAAGGCAACUGCUCAGCAAGGAAAAUUUUUAAAACAAACAAGUGCCUUGCAACACUGAAACAUGUUUGUAUUUCCAGUGCAAUGGGGAAGCCCAUUAAUUCAGUCCCAAUCUAGAAACUGAUAUUUAUUGGUUCCAGUUGAGGUAUUAAAAUGGAUAGGCCUGAAUCAGAUAAUAGUUAAUUCAACUGAAGUAAGAGAGAGGAAAAUGGUGCUCUUUUCUGAUAAAUGUUUUGAAAAAUGUAUCCGUAUUCUGUAUUUGUGCCCGUUAAGUACCUCGCUCCAAGAACAGCCCCAAUGGAAUGCAGUCCUAAAUUUAUGUUUACUCUGGAUGCUUGGGCCAUUAGUAAUCUAGUCAAAUUAAUUGCUACAAUGUGUAUUUUCUUGACUAAUGAUUAAACUGCACUUUUUUUUAAUCACAUGGAGUUGUGUACGGGUGGUAGCAUUCCAUAUUAGUUAGGGAACAGCCAGCCCUAUAAAUAUUAGAAUGGAUCAGAUGGGUAUUCAAAAGUUAUAUUACAUUUAGACAUAGAAAUGCCACAAAGUUGAGUCCAGAACAUUGCUCUGCAUGUCCAUCAACAGAGCCACACUAAAACCUUUAUUUAUAAGGAUGCGUGGAAAUUAUGGUGCCAUCUGUUGCAUCAACUGUGACAGGCACGUGACAUGAGGUUUUUCACAUAACUGCACGAUUUCUGUGAUUUCCCAUGAAAGGCUCCCAUGGAAAUUAAUGCUUAAACUAUUAGAAGUUAUACAUCACUCCUUCCUCAUUCUCAGGUUUCCAUUAGAGAGAUUAAAAAACAAGGUGUGCCUAAGAAAUGAACCAAUACGAGCAUGAAAAGUGGGUCCUUUUCCCAAGUGACCCAAGCGAGCAGGUCACUGAGGAAUGGCAGGAGUAGAACAAUGUAAUAGUCUAGUUUUCUACUGCACUGUCUGGGAUCAUACAUGUCUAUAGAAGCACUAAAGAAUUAAGCUUUGCAGUACUCCCAUGUCAGAUGUGGAACUUUAGGAACGGAUCAAGGCACACAAACUCUCCACAGCUCCCCUGGGAACUGAUUUCCAGUUGUGCAUACUUAGGGCACUUUUACACAUGGCGGGGGGGGGAAGAGGGCAGUGCUUUAAUUGGAGUGGCUCUGAC